GAACUUCCUUCUGGACGGUGUCGAACUGACAAGUUUGCAAGGCUCUAGAAAGCCCGGUUUCACAGCAGAGAGGUCCCCAUCUGCAGCAUCUUCAUCUGACUCGCUUUCACUCUCUAGUUCUGCGUCUUGCGCGUCUUUCAGAGGUUUCUCUGACUUUGAAGGUUCUUCAAUCUUCCGUUCGACCGUCUCUGAGGGUUUAGGUCUAUUUCGUUUAGCUGAGGCUAUUCCAAGACUGUAUCCAAUUCCUAGGCUUGUAGCAAUAAGGACAAAGGCGGUUACAUCUGUUCAACAGUGUCGUUAGAAAUUGUGCGUUCAAGUCGUAUAAGUUAAGGCGACACUAACGAACAUUCCGAGGUCGUUAUGGUCAUGCCAAUUAAUUCUUCUGGAUACAUGGGGAGAUGCAGGUUGCUGAGUGUAGCCGGCAGAAGCCGAGCCAAUAGGAAUGGCGCCUCUGCACUUUUUGUCCUUUCAUUCAAAAUGGCUUCCGAGGGAGUCCCUGCCCCUACACCCGUCGUAAAUGAAGGCGUACAAGGCCGAAAACCAUUCUCCGAGCUUGAGCUUUCGGAGCCCACCUCAAGAACACUUGAAGAGAUGGGCUUCACUACUAUGACCCCCAUUCAAGAAAAGGCAAUACCCCCAUUACUUGCCGGAAAGGAUGUCUUGGGUGCUGCGAGAACGGGUUCAGGAAAGACUUUGGCUUUCCUUAUACCUGCGGUAGAACUGCUGCAUAGGCUGAAGUUCAAGCCUCGCAAUGGGACCGGAAUCAUCAUUGUCUCCCCGACUCGAGAGCUUGCUUUGCAAAUAUUCGGUGUUGCAAAAGAGCUCAUGGCACAUCAUUCACAAACGUUUGGUAUCGUUAUGGGAGGUGCAAAUCAUAGAGCAGAAGCAGAUAAAUUGCAGAAGGGUGUGAAUCUCUUGGUAGCGACACCUGGUCGGUUGCUUGAUCACUUAGAGGGAACGAAGGGAUUCAUUUUCCGAAACCUGAAAUGUUUGAUCAUUGACGAGGCCGAUCGUAUAUUGGAGGUUGGUUUCGAGGAGCAAAUGAAGAAGAUUAUUUCCAUCCUGCCCAAUGAGAACCGACAAUCCAUGCUUUUCUCUGCAACUCAGACCACAAAAGUCACUGACCUCGCACGUAUGUCCCUUCGACCGGGACCUCUGUAUAUCGACGUCGACAAAACCGAAAGCACAAGUACAGUUUCCACACUCUCACAGGGUUAUGUCGUCUGCCCAUCCGACCGCCGAUUCCUCCUCCUGUUCACAUUCCUCAAAAAGAACAUGAAGAAGAAGAUUGUUGUCUUCUUCUCAAGUUGUAACUCCGUGAAGUACCACGCGGAACUUCUGAAUUACAUCGAUGUUCCGGUACUAGAUCUCCAUGGAAAACAAAAACAACAAAAGCGCACAACUACUUUCUUCGAGUUCUGCAAUGCUGAAACCGGUACUCUGCUAUGUACCGACGUCGCAGCGCGUGGACUCGAUAUUCCUCGAGUGGAUUGGAUUAUCCAGUAUGAUCCUCCAGACGACCCUCGUGACUACAUCCAUCGAGUAGGCAGAACAGCGCGGGCGGGCAAAGUUGGGAAGAGUCUCAUGUUCCUGUUGCCCAGUGAACUUGGCUUUUUGAGGUUCCUGAAGGAGGCUAAGGUUCCUUUGAACGAAUUCAGUUUCCCCGCGGAAAAGAUCGCCAAUGUCCAGUCUCAGCUUGAGAAGCUCCUUCAAAAGAACUACUUCCUGCACCAAUCAGCACGAGACGGCUACCGAUCAUACCUGCAAGCCUACGCGUCAUAUUCGCUAAAGAAGAUUUUCGACGUCAAUGCACUUGACCUUGCCAAGGUCGGCAAGUCGUUCGGUUUUGCAGUGCCGCCGCGAGUAAAUGUGAACAUCGGAGGCGGCACCGGUGGAGGGGGUAGGUCAGGGAAGAAGAGGCAGAGAGAUGAGGAUAGCUUCAACGAGGAAGAGUGGGAAGAGGUCGAUGCAGUGGACAAGGAUGCCAGCGAUGCAGAGAAUGAGGACGAGCCAGCAUUUAAACAGGCGAGGAGAAAUGGGAAGGACAGGCGGAAGGAGACCCUUGGACAUCGGAAGGUUGAGAAGGAGGUGUACAAGAAGGGUUUGGAGAGGAAAAAACUACAGCAGGAGUCGGGGGCGCAAUGGAGUCAAUGAUUAGGUCUGCAUGCUCAUUCUAUUGUACUUAUUGCUUUGCUAGUGUAUUGCUAUUGUUGUCUAUUGCUCACUGGAAUUGCCUGUGCCAUCCUUGAAAGCUUCCAAG